CGGAAGCGGAAGUAAGUGAGUAAAUUACAUUUGUCAGGAAAAUGGCUGCCUGUGUAAGUGGCGCAGUGGCUUCUUCCCUGUCUUAUGAGCAAAUAAUUUCUGGUGACCAGUUUGGUUUUUUGAUUGGAAAAAUCAUUGUUAAUGUUAAAGACACAGUCAGCGAUUCCCAAAUUAAUGCUACUAAAGUGGAGACUUAUGUCCAUAUCUCCUCUCACCUCCCAUGUUCACAUACAAAUCGCUUCUACGACCGAAGAGGAAAGAUUAUUCCUGAGAGCCUAAAAGCAAUAUUAAAAGACAAACAGAAGGAAAUAGUUGGUUGGUAUCGUUUCCGACGGAACUCAACUUUACAAGUCUCUCUCUUAGAAAAUGCUGUUCACAAGAACCUGGUACAGUUUCUGGACAUUACCCAACCGGAGAAUUUUGUUUUCCUUUUAACCACAGCUUCCACUUCUUACAACAUGGCAACGCAUUCAUAUGAUCAUGUACUGUACAAGUUUUCACACAGUUCUAAUGAGUUUUUACCAAUUUCACUGUCUGUGAUAAACCUUGGUGACACCACACAUUCCCAAUACAAACCAUAUGGUACAGCCAAUAACCUGCAAACUGGUAUUUACCAAACUGUUGUGCAAAAGUUUGAAAAUCGGUUCCAUGAUGAAAGAGGAGAUAUUCGGGAAGUUGGCUUGGUUAAAGAGCUUUCAGCUAACUUGUUAACACAGCUUGAAAAAAUAAGCUCACUGGUAUCUGAUGAAGAAAAACAGUUGGAACGCUUGGAAGCUGAAGUCGAGGUGUAUGAAAGAAAGGUCAACAAACUGAACAAGACAUCACAGUCAAACAGUUCAUUUGCACCUAUGAAUGUCCACAGGUUAGAUGCAUUUAUUGAGGGCGUUGAUAACGACAAGAAAGACUGUCAAAGGCUUACAACCAAUAAUCAUUUAAUUACAGAUUUCUUGAAAAACGAUGACAGUAAGAGAAAGCUACAAAUGGAAGUCAUCUUGAAGAACUUUGAUGCUAAAGAUUGGCUUUGUAAGCAGGCUAACGAAGAUUUCAAUCUUUCUUCACACUCUGCCAACCCGAUCAGAGCUGACACCCAAAAUACCGACACCAUCCUCAACAAACUAUCAGCUCCAGUACAAGCGAGUAUUCAGAAUUUCCCCCAUUACAACACUAUUUCCGGUCCAAGCAACAAAAUCUCCAUGAGGUCGAUGACCAACAGCUACAACAACACUUCCACCAUGCUAAGGAACACAACGGAACAUACUUCUUUGAAAUCGCAUUCUUUAAAACACUCUCUGAAUGGCGACGAACUGAAUCAAGAGCCCAAUUACGUAAUACUUCCAGUCGGUGCGAGUUUGAAAUCAACACAGAACUAUCCUAAAAUGAAUAAACCUGAUGAUAAUUCAUCAUCUGUUAUGUGUAAUUACUCAAAAGCAACUCGUUGCUCGUUACCAAAGUGUAAACCACACAACUGUCGGGAGGAACACGAAAUUGGCUCUUCGAACCAACAUAUUAAUGACAUUCAAAGUUUCCAUAAACAAACUCAACCUUCUGAUGCAGCUACUACAGAACAGGAUGAAAUCGGUCCCUACUUAAAAUUAGCAGUAAAUAACAAUACCGUGUCAGCUCCUAAUAUUCCUACGACAAAGUAUUCAGCUCGAAGUAUUCAGAACCAACAGACUUUAGCAACUAAUUUUCCUCAAUGUCCUCUCCCAACAGACAUACCUUUAACUCCUACCUCUAAUCAUCAAACCUCUUCUCUUUCCCUACACUCUCUCCCCAAUAAUCCCAAAUCAAAGAUGAUGUACGUAGAUAUGCAGAACUCUGCUAUACACUCAAACGACAGCAGUAAUAUUUCUCGAGGUCAAGAAGAGUCGGCCGGUUGUGGAGAAAAUUGAUUGUGAACCCAACGCAAAAAUCUCUCUCUCUCUCUAUCUCUCUUUCCCUCUGUGUAUUUAAAACAAUUGAAAUUCCAUUUAAGCAGGAACUUAGUAAUGGAGGAGAGACCGAGAGAACACCAAAACCAAGCUAAGUAACCCUUACUGGAGGAAAGUCUGUAUAUAUAUGUGACAUGAUCUCCAGUUUUAAAAAAAUGGCUGUGAACAACAUAGUUUAGAAAGAAAGCCAAAGCCAAAAGUUGAAAGUAAAUCGUGAAACAUUGUUAUAUAUAUUGACAUAUAUAAAGAGAAAGCUUUCUUAUUCUGAUGCUUCUAGGCACCAUU